AUGGGAGAAGAGGGACUGGAGCUUGGAAUGAAAGCCUCAGAUGACCAAGUCCGAAAAUGGACCGGCCAGAAGCUCAUAGAGCGGAUCAUGAGCACCGACAAAGAUCUGAAAGCUCAGCUUCAAUGGCCCUAUGAGACAUCUGGCGCAUGCCUGCAGGCUAGCCGGUGCUCGCUAUGGGUACAUCCAAACCGAAGAAGACUUGACGAUCUUGGACCAUGGUGGCUGUGUAUAUUGGCACUCAAGGACCACCAGGAAACGCCCAACGCCGGGGGCACUAGGACGGGUGGCGGUCAGACGCCUAUCACUACUCAGACUGCCACCAACCCGAAUCCAUCGAUCAAUUGGAAUCCAGCGAUCAACCCGAACCGCUGGAUUUCAAACGACGAUACUCUUUCAAACCCCGGAGCCACCAAUGCAAACUCGUUUGACAUGAAUGACCUCCCGCCAAAUACCCACCAUCAAAACCCUUUCCUCCCUUGA